AAGUCCUGCUAGUCGUCUCGGUCUGGGUACCAACCCCCUAUUACUCGGCAGGCGUGUGAAGGAAGAAUGGAACUAGCUGGAACUGUGCAGGUCGGUGUGAGGGUGGGCGCCUUUUGCGAGGAGGUGGGAGUGGAAGAGGACCGAGAGUGCUGCCAGUCCAAGUUCGGGCUGAUCGGGGCUGUAUCGCUUUCUUGCCUACUUUCUAAAUUCCGCCUCCGACCCCCAGCGCACCCUGUGCUCAAAUUAGUAGAGAGAAGUGGCGGGCUUCGGGUGGGGGUGAGAGGAAAGUACGACGGUUCCAGAGACUAGGAGAAAAGAAGCAUUCCUCAAUCGGGGCAUUUAUAUCUCGGUCCGUCCACCAAGCACUCCGUCCCCUCGGUCCCCUGACUGUUUGCAGGUUGGUAGGUCUGUUGGCCUGUAGGUCGCGGCGCAAGUCUCAGGGAGAGAAGGAGCAAACUGCCGUGGUUGGAACCGUGCAGGUCGGUGUGAAGACUCUGUCCAUCUGUCGCUUAUGGAGGGAACACUGAUAACAGAAGAUAAAGGAAGAAGGAAUUUACCUCACUGGAGAGAUUGAUAGGCGACUGCCCCUGAGGUGUGGUGAAAGAGGAGACUGUCUGAGGGAUAGACUCUCCCACUGGACCUCCUGGUCAUCAUAGCACAGGCCCAUCUCCCAUCCUUCUCUGUGGUCCAGGGAAGAGAACUGGUGGAUCCUGAGGGUAGAUGGGGGGGAAACAGAAAAGAGCAAAGACCCAGUUUACUAAUAAUUCACUUUUCUCACCAAGCACUUAAUUCCAUUGUCUGGUGAGGCACAAACCCAGGACCACCCAAAGGCCUAAUACUCUUUUUUCACCCACAGAUUCAUAACAAAACAGCUGCAGGAACCAAGAGAGGCUGAAGACUACUGCUUUCUCCAUUACUUAUCCUGGCCCUAAGAAUUCUCUUCAGUCAGGGGGAGCAAGACCCUCUCCUGUAAUCUCCUGUGGAAGCUGGCACGGACUUGACCAUGGGCCGAGCUCGGGAAGUGGGUUGGGUGGCAGCAGGACUGAUGAUUGGGGCUGGUGCCUGCUACUGUGUUUACAAACUGACUAUAGGAAGAGAUGACAGUGACAAAUUGGAGGAGGAGGAGGAAGAGGAAUGGGAAAAUGACGAGCUGGAUGAGGAGGAGCCUGACAUUUGGUUUGACUUAACAACUAUAACUAGACCGUGGAGUGAGGAUGGGGACUGGACAGAACCUGGGGCCCCAGGUGGCACUGAGGACAGGCCUUCAGGGGGGGGCAAGGCCAACCGAGCACACCCAAUAAAACAGCGGCCCUUCCCCUACGAACACAAAAACACUUGGAGUGCUCAAAACUUUAAAAAUGGCAGUUGCAUUCUUGACCUCUCCAAGUCUCUUUUCAUUCAGGGAAAAAUGUUCUUUGCUGAGUCUAAGAAUGUGUGUUUUUCAUUUAGCCAUGAUAUCAAUAGUCCUUUGGCCAGUCUCUCAAUGGUUGGAAACAUGAUCCCCACUCCUGACCCCACUGUUGGAGAGGCUUUGUGUGCCCCAGAUAACUUGAAUGCGAGUAUUGAAAAGCAGGGCCAGAUUAAGAUGUACCUCAUUGAAGUGUGUCGGGAGACUGUGUUACGUUGCUGCAACUCAUUUCUGCAGCAGGCAGGAUUAAAUUUGUUAAUAAGCAUGACAGUUAUUAAUAACAUGCUUGCCAAGUCCGUUUCAGACUUGAAGUUUCCUUUGAUAUCAGAGGAAAGUGGAUGUGCUAAGGUUCAGCUUUUAAAACCACUGAUGGGUUUGUCUGAAAAGCCAGUCUUGGCAGGGGAAUUGCUCAGUGCCCAGAUGCUAUUGUCAUCUGUGACCCUCUUUAUCAGAAAUGGAAACAGAGAGAUGCCCGUGGAAACCCUUGCCCUGUAAAUGGCCAUCUGGAACACAAUGGGACUGAAUCGGCUCCGAACCCACUUGGCCUGCAGAUGUCAAAGAAUCUGCGGAGAGUGCUAGGGAAGAUCCACCCUUAGCGAUCACCACAUCACUGGGUGAAAGUGCCAGUGCUAAAUGGAGGACCACACUCCUUUCUAUUGGCCAGGCAGGGGCUCCCACAGAGCUUUGAGUAAUUCCUUGGUUUUGCAGUCUGCAGGCAAAGUGCAAUGUAAAUUACUCCCUGAAAGCCUCCUUCAUGUGGUAAAGGGAUCACUCUGGCUGCCUGCUGUGAAUAAAGAACACCAAAUCUUAUGUUACCUGUGGUGGGGGUAGUCUCCCUCUCUGAGCAGGACCACGUCAGAGCUUGGGCUGAAAAUGCAUUUGUUACAGCUUAGGUUGACUUAUUUUUCAUCUACUCUCUUCUACACGAGCUGAGGGAUGGGGAACCUAUUCAUCAAAAAAAGGGCACUCCCAUUCUAUCUGUUGUACUGACUUCACCUCUUCCACCCCAGUCCACAUCUGUGUGUACCAUCAAUAAAGUUGUGUGCUUCGACUGGCAAAAAAGAGA